GAGCUGGCUCAUGCCUUGGACCAGAGCCUCAUCUCCCGCUGCGCCCCGGCGCUGCAGGACAAGGAGAAGGUCCACCUGAAGGGCAUCAACAUCAACAACGUGGACCGCUCAGUGGGAGGCAUCCUCAGCUUCGAGGUCAGCAAGAAGUUUGGUGCAGUCGGACUCCCCGAGGGCACCCUGCACGUGUCCUUCAUUGGCAGCUCAGGACAGUCCUUCGGUAACUUCCUGGCUCCUGGUAUCACUUUCGAGCUCGAGGGCGACGCCAACGACUACAUCGGCAAGGGCCUGAGUGGAGGCACACUCGUCGUGUACAAGCCCAACCAGGCUCCCUAUGCGUCUCACGACGCUAUCAUCGCGGGCAACGCCGCGCUCUACGGAGGCACCGCCGGCAAGGCCUUCUUCGCCGGUAUCGCUGCCGAGCGCUUC